AUGACUGAUUUAAGUAAUCCAAAUAUUGAAGGUGUUUAUGAAAUGAAUGUACCAUUAGAUUUUCGUUUACUUAUUACACUUAGUUCUAUAUGUUCAUUACGUAAAGAACAACAACAUACAAAUAUACUUUCAAAUUUAUAUCAAUUUGAUGAAUUAGAAUUUUUAUCAUUAUCAGAACAAACAUAUUUACAAUCAGGUACAUUACAAUGUAUUUAUUUAUAUAUACAUCAAGAUAAUGGAAAAUUAUUUAUUGCUUUAUUUAUACCAAAUAAUUCUCGUGUAUUCAUUGGUAUAUUAGAUAGUAUUAGAGAAAAUCAUAUGCCUAAUUUAAAUAAAUUAUUAAAAAAUGAAUGUGAAAAACGAUUACAAAAAGGUAUUGAUACAAAUUUAUUACCAAUAAAUGAACAUCAAUUUGAAGUUAAAGUUGAUACCGAUAUACAAAAUAUUUGGAAAAGAUUUAAUAAAAUUAUUGCAAGUCUUCGUGAAAAUGAUAUGGAAACUCGUACAUUAUCAAUCUAUUUGGCUAUACAAUCAAAUAUUUCUAUAUGUGAUCUUCAAUCAUCAAUGUUAUCAUCAUUAAAUGAUUAUCCAAAAGUAACAUUAUCAAUAAAAGAUAAAACUAAUUUAUAUAAAGGUCUUGAUUGGCAACGAACAGCAGCUCGUCAUGCAUUACAACAUUAUGCAAAUGCAAAUAUAAUACUUGUUAAUAUGCUUGAACAAUGUCGAUAUCUUCAUAUUCCAUUAGGAAAUUUUCCUGAUGAUCCAUGUUUAUUUGCAUGUGAUCUAUUUUAUGCUCGACAUUUAAUAAAACAUAAUCAUUGA